AUGGUGGUGAUGGAACAUGGGUCAAUUGCAGAGAAAGAAGUGAAGAACAAUCAUGGUUGUUGCAAGGGGGGACCUAGGUACUCAUCACCACUUACCGCUAUGUCUAGUCCCAGAGAAUCCCUCAUCUAUGUCACCUGUGUCUACACUGGAAUAGGGACGGAGAAGCCUGAUUACCUGGCUACAGUGGAUAUAGAUCCGAACUCCCAAACUUAUUCAAAAGUCAUCCACAGACUGCCUAUGCCUCAUAUCGGUGAUGAAUUACAUCAUUUUGGAUGGAAUGCGUACAGCUCUUGCUAUGGAGAUGCAUCAACAUCAUGGCGUUACCUUGUCUUGCCUUCACUCGUGUAA